AGCCAUCGCUGAGUCAACUUCGCAUUAGUGACUCGAAUUGCAGAACGGUUUCUUGGCAAAUGGAAACAUUGUGGAUAUAGUCUGUACAGUUGCUAAAGUAAUAUGGCGAGAACAGUCGGUGUUCGAUCCCCGACGACAGACGGACUUGGUUCUGCGAGGGACAAGAGCCUCGUAUGGCGAGGUCUAAACGAGAAUGCAGUCGAAGAACGGCCUGGCAACUUAUCGGGAACCGUUAGAGACCACGCCUUGUCAGGGAAGCCGAGAAACUUUGCCCGAAUUUCCGGAAAUCCUAGCCACACUUCAGGAAAACCGAGAAGCUAUACCCUCACGCCAUGGGAGUCGAGUCAUUUGAGCUCCAUGCCAGGAAAGUCGAAACAUUCUACCAAAAGUGUGAAAUGCUAUACAUGUGGGAAGUUGGUAGAAGAUAUACACUUUAAAGAGCAUUUAUUCUUCGGUGAGAGUGAGUGCACUCGGUGCCAUUGGAAGAUAUCCAGCUGUGAAGCCUUUAGAGUCAAUUGGAUAGUUCAGAGGAUAGGUAGUGCAACAUGUCCACACACUCUGACAUAUUGUAUGACACCUUCAGAAUAUAUUUCAAACAGGUUGUCAGAAGAAUCACCCCAUGGAUUGGUCACCAGUAGACUGACUUCAUAUAUUUGCUCUCUAAAAAAAUUGAAAGUAUCUAAACCAUGGAAAAAUGCAAUUGAUCAGUGUUUAAAGUUUCUGGAUGGAGAAACCUCUCAUAAUGCAACCCAGUUACAGAAAGGCCCCGAGACAAAACCAAAACCUGCCAAAAGAUCCAAAUCCAAGACACAUUUUACCAGAGUAAAAGGAGGUGCUAAGAAAAGGAUCAUAAGGACCCCAUCAAAUGGGUAUUACCUCAUUGCCCGCCAUGCAAUUGAGGAAUGUCCCAUGUGUUACACUGAAUUUUGUCCCUCAAGAUUUACUAUGAACAUAAGUUCUUGCUUCCUUUCUACAGUGUGUGUUGAAUGUGAUUUGACUGUUUACAUAAUUUUUGAUCCUCCUGACGGCUCUACUCCGAAGAUUUCCAUAGAGACAGAACAUGGCCUUCCUGAGAAACAAAAGAACUGUACAACAAAGAUGAAAAAUAAGCCAGGGGUGAAAGAGGAUAAUGCUAUGCCAUGAGGUAAUAUUGCUAUCUUAAUCUGAUUUGUAUUUGACAUCUACACAUAUUUAUAUACAUUAGCCUGAUAAGCUAUUAAAAAUGCAAAGCACAGUUUAGUUUGGCUCAGUACCUUUGCAAAUUUAUCAUAAUUUUACGAAAGUGUGCUAUUGUUGAUGGGCAAAAGUUAUUGGUAGUGUAUAGAGACGUCUUGUCUUCCUUGUCAAUGGUUAUUACAGCUAUCAUCAACUAAAAAUCGUGAAGUUCACAGUUUUGAUAUACAUGAAUGAACGUGCCAAAUGGCCAACAGCUAAAGCAUUAUUUUUUUCUACGGUACACUAUUUGAGUCUAUUGGCUGGUAAACAUGGACUAUAUUCAAUUAAUUUGUUUCUGGAACUGGACUUCUUUGUCUUUGAUGAAACUUUGCAUAAGGUGGUAAUAAUUCUAGAUUUUCCAAACCAUUACAUAUGUGAAUAUAUAGAUAUUGUAUAUUCAGCCCUAAAUGUAACAAGCAGUGGCGAAGUACAGAUGACUGAAUGAAAAAGAAUAAGACACAAAGCUUUGGUAGGGCUGAGGCAGUGAGACGAAGUAGCAAUGUUACCUUAUUGAACAAGUUUGUCUUUUGUCGAUUUGUGUCCUUUAUAUUUCAAGAUCCAGGCUUUAAUCAGUGGCAUAGCACACGGCAGAAGGAUGAUUGUCCUACAACACGCUCCUCCAACGGCAUUUUUUUCAUGCAACUAUUCAAAAUCUUUGUCACAAAACUGUUACCCAUGGUUUGUGCACAAAAUAUCCCUAAGAGCAGGGUUAACUCCAAUUGAUUUGGUUUGCUAGGCAGGACCAAGAUCGGUGGCCCUGCCCAUCUACCCAGUGCGACCACGAUUAAAUAAUACUAUUACCUCAUGGUGUGUAAUAUAUAACUGAUAUAAAAUGAAUAGUGGUAUACUGAUAUAUAUUAUUAUCUAUUUGAUUAUUACUUACUAUUUCUGUUUCUUUCUCUGUGGUGCUAUAGGUAAUUGUUCAUGUGGCCCACGCUAGAUGCCUUUGUCAAUAUCUAUCUGUCUAUCUCUCUCUAUAUAUAUAUAUUCGAGUAUAUGAUAUAAUUUGCGUCCGUUGUUUCGUCAGUUUGUACGUUACGCUUACAUUUUUUAUUCCUGAAUUCAUAUUCCAUGUGACUGUGACCUUGAAGUCAAUUCAUUUAGGCAUA